GAGGCCGCUAGACCCGGAGGGUGACGCUGCUCAGCGCCGCAAGGAAGCGGUUUUGGCCCUCGCAGCUCUGACGAGGACUAGGAGCGUACUGCGGAUCAGCCUAUCAUGGAGGGAACCCGGCAAACUAGGAUUUGUCGCCCACACAAGAUAAGUGAAUCCUCAAAGGUAUACAGAUGGGAUGACCACUCUACUCUUGUUCUUCAGAGUCUGAAUGAGCAGAGGCACCGAGGCCUCUUUUGUGAUAUUGUCCUUGUGGUAGAUGAACAGAGAGUCCCUGCCCAUCGGAACCUCCUAGCUGUUUGCAGUGACUACUUCAACUCUAUGUUCACUAUUGGUAUGCGAGAAGCCCAUCAAAAAGAGGUUGAACUUUUUGGAGCCUCGUAUAUUGGUCUCAAGGCUGUGGUAGAUUUCCUGUAUGGCAGUGAGCUGUCUUUAGAUGGCGGCAAUAUUGACUACGUGCUUGAAACGGCUCACCUGCUGCAGAUCUGGAAAGUGGUUGACUUCUGUUGCGAGUAUCUUGAGAAUGAAGUCAGUGAGGAGAACUAUUUGUACCUGCAAGAACUAGCCUCUAUUUACAACCUGAAGCGCCUUGACUCCUACAUUGAUUCUUUCAUCUUGCAGAACUUUGGCACACUGUCUUUCACCCCGGACUUCUUGCAAAAUGUUUCCAUGCAGAAGUUGUGCCAGUACCUGGACAGCAGCAAUGUGCAGCAGGAGUGUGAGCAUGACUUGCUGCAGGCUGCCUUGCAGUGGCUUACCCAGUACCCAGAAAGGGAGAAUGAGGCUUACCAGGUUCUGGAUAACAUUCACUUUCCUUUAAUACCUAAAAGUGAUCUUCUCCAUCGAGUCAAGCCUGCUAUCUGCUCUCUUCUUCCCAAAGAAGCAAACUGUGAGGGUUUUAUAGAGGAAGCAGUGAACUAUCAUAAUAAUGUCACUGCUCAGCCAGUGCUGCAGAACAAACGGACCGCUCUGAGAACUAGCGAGGAAAGGCUCCUCUUUGUUGGCGGGGAGGUUUCCGAACGGUGCUUGGAACUGAGUGAUGAUACCUGUUUCUUGGACAUCAGAAAGGGGCAAUGGGUAGCAGAAACACCUCUCCCAGCCAGACGAAGUCACCACUGUGUUGCAGUCUUGGGAGGCUUCAUCUUCAUAGCUGGAGGCAGCUUUUCAAGAGACAAUGGAGGGGAUGCAGCUUCAAAUCUCCUAUAUAGGUAUGAUCCCCGCUGUAACCAGUGGAUAAAGGUUGCCUCCAUGAGACAACGUCGUGUAGAUUUCUACCUAGGAGCUAUUACUGACAUGCUGGUGGCUGUUGGUGGCAGGAAUGAAAAUGGGGCGCUUUCUUCGGUUGAGACCUAUAGUCCUCAAAAGGAUACGUGGUCCUAUAUAGCAGGUUUGCCAAGAUUUACUUAUGGCCAUGCUGGAACAGUCUACAAGGAAUUUGUGUACAUUUCAGGAGGCCACGAUUACCAAAUUGGCCCAUAUAGAAAAAAUCUGCUCUGCUAUGAUUAUCGCACAGAUGUCUGGGAGGAGAAAAGGCCAAUGAUCACUGCCAGGGGCUGGCACAGUAUGUGCACCUUACAGGACCAUAUCUAUUCUAUUGGAGGCAGCGACGACAACAUAGAAACGAUGGCCCGCUUUGACAUUCUGAGUGUGGAGUCGUACAGCCCUCAGUGUAACCAGUGGACCAGAGUUGCUCCUUUGCUGCAAGCAAACAGUGAGUCAGGGGUGGCUGUUUGGGAAGGCAAAAUUUAUAUUCUUGGAGGCUACAGCUGGGAAGAAACGGUCUUCUCCAAAACAGUCCAAGUUUAUGAUAAGGAGAAAAAUAAGUGGUACAAAGGAACAGACUUACCCAAAGCAAUUGCUGGUGUGUCUGCAUGUGUCUGUGCAUUGAAACCUAAAACAGAUGACAAAAAGAAAAAGACAAAAACAAAAAAACAUCAAGAUCGAGGAAGAUGACUACUUCUAGAUAACCAGCCUUUGAGGGCGGACUCCAAAGGAACAUUGUAUUUAAUUGCUUCUUUCUAACCUUAAUUCUUUUCUUUUAAAAUGGAAACAAAAGAAAGUGUUUUCUGAAGCCUCAAAAUGUACAGCUGAAUGUGUUUUUUUUUGGAUUGAGCUUAUGUUGAAAGUUAAACAACAAAAACAGAAGCUCCAAAGAACCUCUACUACUUUAUAAAGAGUGAGGUAGCAAGAGAGGUUAUGCCACCCUCCUGAAUGUUACUGCAUAGUCUUUUACUUCUGUGGUUCAUGGCAUUUCCAUGCACAUCUUAUUCUGUUGAUGUUAUUUUAAAAUAACAUUGAAUUUUUGGCCAAGGUGAUAAUGUAGACAGAAUGCAGAGUAUAGAGUAUCCAGCUUGAAGUUACAGAGCAGUUCAGAGGAGUUCAAAAGCAUCUGCUAAGAAAAAAUGAAAUAGAACUUGGACAUUGUUAUAAAUCUUGAAUUUUUGUUCCAUUAAAUUUAAUUUACAGUAUGUUUUUGAGUUGUUAGUAUCAGAUUUCUGGAACACAUGAGUGUUCAAAGAGAAUAUUGCUUUUGAUGAAUGAAAGUCAGAUCAGCCUGUUAGGAAAUAAUUCCACUGUACUCUUAAGCUUCAGAUGUUACUAUGUGGCUAAAGAAUAAUGGCGGAGUGAUAUGGGCUUGGAGUGGUAGCAUUGCAAAUUCUGAAAUCUGGGGAAAAUGACAUGAUUUUUGCAUCCCUUCGUGGCAAACUGUGCAAUGCUUUUCAUAACAUAGGAGCAAGCUUUGCUCAGAUUUCAAAACCUGCCACAGAAUGGGAUGAAAACUACCGAAGAACUUGAAGAUCGGAGGAUUUGGAUGGAAAGGGUAUAGUUUGCCUGGAGCUUCAAAGCAGAUGAAACUGAUGCAGUUCAGUGGGAGGUGGCUGAGUAUGUUACAGUGUGUGUGUGUUCGGGGGGGGGCAAAUGGCAGGAGGAGCCUCUAGGUGAACCUUAACCAAGAGUAUGUCCUUCCCAGCCCCUUCAGGCACUAGAAGCUGGGAUCUGCUUCAUUUAUGUUGGGGCUUACAGUGGUCACCCCUGCCAGUACGUGUUUGGGGGAGAGGGUGUACUGGGCACAUCUGCUAUCAAGAAGCCGAUUAUCUCAGGAUGAUUACUUGGGGUUCAGUAAUCCGGAAGAAAAGCAACUUGAAUUUUUACCUGAGCUAAUAGCCUACCUCUGCUUCCCAUGCCCAACACGCACACCUUCAAGUUUAAAAUGUCUUUUCAUGGAACCAAUGAUUUGAAAAAAAAAAAAAAAUCUGAUAGGCUUGGUGGGGACUGCAGCUCAGAUCGUAUCAGGCAUGCUACAGAACACCUUCCCCAGCGAGAAGAGUUUAAAAUGGAGACAAUUAAGUAUUCUUAGGGCUGUGUUUAGGACCCAGAUGGAGGGACUGUGAAUUGCAUGUUAGUCUGUGUCACACUGUCCUCUGCAUACCAAGUAAAGAGAUUUCUAACCCAAAUGUUAGUCCAUCCUCUACAAACACAGCUGAUUCUGCUGCAGAUAUUAAAAUUCCCCGACUGUCUGGCCAGCCUUUGGUCAUUCACCCUGGGGCAUUUUACAAAUGCAGCUCUGAUUUGGAAGAAGUUGAUCUCCAGCAAUCUGAUACAACUGCUUUAGUUACUGUAAGAAUGCCAGGCCACAGACUAGUAUUCCUUCUUCCCAAAAGAGGAGCUUUUUAGAAAGUUUUUAAAAACUUUUAUACUCUUUUAUAGCACAUUUUGCUAACUCAGUCUCGUUUACCAUAUAUUAUGUUAUUUACUAUGGAAGCUACUACUCUAAUUGUGGCCCUGUUGUCGCUGUCAGGAACUCGUAACUAGAUGGCUCUUUCUGUGUAGUUGGUUGGGAUGUGAUGCAGCUGUUAAAGCAGCAUUUACAUUCUCAGCAUUGUUAGGCAGUCGGCUAUAAUUGUGACUCUUGUGCAGCCUCUCCGCAGAGAGUCCAGCUUGUCAGAUAUACUAAUAAACAUUCUUUAUUUUCAGCUAUUGGUGAUCUGCUGAGUGGAUUUCAAGACCUUUGGUUUAAAGUUUUACUGGGGAACUGUUGAUUCCUUCUGCCCGCCCAACCCUCUCAAUCCUCCUUUCACAUCUCGCUUGUCAUACAUCAUAACCAUGUAUUUCAGAUUUGCCUCUUUUUUUUCCAUCUAGUGUACAUACAGUUGAUAUUCUGCUACUCCCUUUUUUGUAACUCUUUACCUCAUUAUUUGGAAAACACUAAGAAAACAUUUUUGCACUUAAUGUCAUUAGAAGUUCUUGUAAUUUAGAGAACCCCUAGAUAUAUUACAAGAAUUUACUUGUAUUGAAAGAAGUACCUUUCAAUAAAUUCCUGCAGUGCAAGAAAGUUACAGGACUCUUUCCCAAUGCUAAGAAAGGAUUUGAGAAACUGGUUACGAGAUGAAUUUUGUAAAAGUCUUUGAUAAUUUUUUUGAUGUUUUAAAAAAUGCCUAAGGAGUUAGUCUUUUACUUGCAUUAAUGAAUUUGUUUUAAAGACUUUGUACACUGCAUGAGGUAAUGGUUAUUCUUUUUUUUUCCUAAAAAUAAAUACAUUUUGGUUAUGACAAACUCAUUAAUGAGUUUUUUUAUAUAUAAAUAUAUAUAGAUGACUGAAAUCCUUGCUAUAUUGACUGACAACGCCUACUUAGCCUUUGGGAAGUUUUCAUGCGUAUGUAUAGAACAAAGAUUUCAAAGACUUUAUUUCAGUUAAUUGGUUGCUUGUUACUAUAUUUCCCCCCCCUCUUAAUUAAAUGUGCUUAUGUAUUACACUGAUG